AUGAGAUAUCUCCCCAGAAACAUGAACGGAAUCCUAGCGGUAGAAAAGCCCAGCGGCGUCACGUCGUCGAAAUUAAUUCUUCAACUCCAAUCGAUUUUCAACAGCUCCGACGUUUUCGCCGCGGACUUGGUCGAGGCCAAAGAGAGAGUCCACAAUGAUCUCAGCUCUGGAACCAGAUGGCUGGCCAGCAAAAUCGCCAACAGAGUGAAAAACACAAAAAUCAAGGUCGGCCACGGCGGAACGCUAGACCCUCUUGCACGUGGAGUCCUUAUUAUUGGCGUGGGUGCUGGCACCAAGAAGUUGCAGUACUAUCUUGGAGAGUGUACCAAAACGUACGAGGCCAAAGCGCUUCUAGGACAGUCCACGACGACCGGCGACUCGGAGGGCGAGGUGGUCACGCAAACAGAAACAGAGCAUGUCUCACUUGAGGAUUUGAAAAAGGCUGCGUUCAAAUUCGUGGGCAAAUCGAAGCAGACCCCUCCAAUUUACUCUGCGUUGAAGGUCGACGGUAAGCCGUUGUACGAGUAUGCCAGAAGCGGGAUCCCUGUUCCCAAACCAAUAGCUGCAAGAGACGUGCAGGUGCAUCUGUUCGAGAUCCAUGACGAUUUUGGCCCUUCGACGGAGUAUUCUCCACUAGAGCCUCUGGAGUUGGGUAAGGAAUUGUUCAAGAACCCGACCCUCAAUGACCACGAGCUCUUUUUCUCCGAGGAGUUCAUGGCCAAUGCCGACUAUUCCGCCGAGGAGAAAUCCACGAAAAUCGAAUCCAAGUUGCUCGAUCCCUCGACGCCUGCCGCCAAAGCCUUGCCUUGUGUUCAUCUCACUGCCACCGUUGGAUCUGGAACAUACAUCCGCAGUUUGAUCAGUGACUUGGGCAGAGCCGUGGGCUCCUCGGCGCACAUGGUGGAAUUGAUCAGAACAAAGCAAUCGGACUGGGAAUUGGGAAAAAAUGUCUUCGCUGUUUCGGACUUCACCGACCGUGAUGAGAGGGUAUGGGGGCCAGUGUUAAAGAGUGUCUUUGAGAAGGGCCCCGAGGUGGACUUGGCCGAGAACUUCAGGACAAUUGAAGAGAUUGUUUUGCCAAUGAUAGAGGCAGAGAACUCCCAGAGCGCCGAACAGACUGACAAAUCUGACAAAUCGGAGCAGACAGAUAAACCUACUGACACCGGCUCCAGCACAGAGGAGCUUCCCAAUCUGAAGAGACAAAAAGUGGAGCCAUGA